AUGGCACUAGUAUCUAAAGUUCCAUAUAGAAUAGCUCUAAAGGAACUUCAGGAGUUGAAAAUUCAAUUACAAGAAUUGUUAGAUAUUGGUUUUAUUCGACCAAGUGUAUCUUCGUGGGAAGCACAGUUAAGGCGAGUGAUGUACCCAAGACAGCUUUCAAAACUUAUUAUGAACAUUACGAGUUCACGUUAUGACAUUCAGGUUGAUAAAUGCCCCGGCAGUGUUCAUGGAUUUAAUAGAUCGUAUAUUUCAUCACAUGGAAAACUAAUUGCCUAUAUGUCUAGGCAAUUGAAGCAACAUGAACAGAACUACUUGAUGCAAGAUCUAGAACUUGCGGCGGUAGUACAUGUAUUGAAGAUAUGGCACAUUACUUAUAUGGAAGGAAGUGCGACAUUUACACGGAUCAUAAGAGUCUCAAAUAUUUCUUCACGCUGA